GGAACCCCCCCCCCCCCCUCCCCGGCUGGAUCUAUCCCAAAGCCUACGGACCCCCAACACCCGGAUCUAACCCCCCCCACCCCCGCUGCGGAGGGACAACGCACUGAGGCCCGCAGUGCGCGCGCAGCCACCCGCAGGCCUCCCGCGCGGACCGCGCGUUUCCCGGGAAAAAUGGACGCGAGCACCGGAAGUCUGGAUGACAGCAUGUCCUCGGAGGUGACGGACCGCCUCUCCUCUCUGGAGCUCCGGGUCCAGCAGCAGGAAGACGAGCUCACCGUGAUGAAAGCGGCUCUCGCUGACGUUCUGCGACGCCUCGACGCCUCCGAGAGCAAGAAGCAGAGCGCAGGGAAAGGUGGUGCUGCUCUGAAGGAAGCAUACUCCAUGUCUUGUAUCUCUAACGGAGGAACCCCCGGCAGGAAGAGAGAGUCCACCUCCGUCACCAGGAAGGAGACGCUGGCCUCUGCUGCCAAGAGUGGCACAGACAGGAAGAAGGAGGGCAGCAGAUCUCAGAUGAUGGAGAUCCAGGAACGUGAGGAGCCUCCUCGCCAGAAAGACCUCUCCCCCUCCCCCUCCUCCCCCCACCCCCCCCAGCAGAGACCAGCACAGACCACUGACAGCAGUAAAGGCCUGACCCCCAAAAGGGGGCCCAGUGUGAAGCGGUCCUCAGGUAUGGAGCGCUCUCAGAGCAGCACCUGGGAUUCCUCCGAGGAGAACAGGAACAAACUGCAGAAAGCUGCGUCCACCUCCAGACUGCUGAACAAGGUGGUGAAGACCGCCGAGAGACACAGAGACCCUGUGGUUAGUCAAGCCAAAAUAUCGACUCGAGAGAAAAACAGCCAAGCUGAGGGGAAUCACAUUAAGAUGUUCAUGAGAGGACGACCAAUCACCAUGUUCAUUCCAUCAGACGUGGAGAGCUACGAGGACGUUCGGACGGAGCUUCCUUCAGAAAGACUCAAGCUGGAAUGGGUGUACGGUUACCGCGGCAGAGACUGCAGAGCAAAUGUGUUUCUCCUUCCAACAGGAGAAAUGGUUUACUUUGUGGCAUCAGUCGUCGUUCUGUUUAACUACGAGGAACGGACUCAGAGACAUUACCUCGGACACACCGACUGCGUCAAAUGUCUGGCCAUCCAUCCCGAUAAGAUCCGGAUAGCUACGGGACAGAUUGCAGGAGUAGACAAAGACGGACGGGCGCUGCAGCCUCACGUCCGGAUCUGGGACUCCGUCAGUCUUUCUACGCUGCAGGUCAUCGGGUUGGGAACGUUCGAGCGGGGCGUCGGAUCUCUGGCUUUCUCUAAAGCUGACUCGGGGCAGCACCUCAGUGUUGUUGACGACUGUAACGACCACAUGCUGACGGUGUGGGAGUGGCAGAAGAAGUCAAAGAUCGCUGAGAUCAAGAGCACUAACGAGGUGGUUCUGGAGGUGCAGUUCCACCCCACCGACCCCCACACCAUCGUCACCUGCGGGAAGUCCCACAUCUUCUUCUGGACCUGGAGCGGGACCUCUCUGGCCCGGAAACAGGGCAUCUUCGGGAAGUACGAGAAGCCGAAGUUCAUCCAGUGUCUGGUGUUCCUGAGCUGUGGAGACAUCCUGACCGGAGACUCAGGGGGCGUCCUACUGGUCUGGACCCGCAGCGCCUCGGAGACCCCCCCCCCCAGCAAGGGCCCCCGAGCGUUUCAGAUCAGCCGGCAGGUCAAGGCUCAUGAAGGCAGUGUGUUCUGUGUGUGUGAGACGAGGAGCGGCAGCCUGCUGACCGGGGGGGGGAAGGACCGGAAGAUCAUCCUGUGGGACCAGGAAGUGAGAGCAGAGCGGGACAUGGAGGUCCCGGAUCAGUACGGAACCAUCCGAGCGGUUUCUGAGGGGAAGGGGGACGAGAUCCUGGUGGGAACGUCUCGUAACUUCAUCCUCAGAGGAACCUUUAACGACGGCUUCCUGGUGGAGGUCCAGGGACACACUGACGAGCUGUGGGGUCUGGCCUCCCACCCCUCCAGAGGGAUGUUUCUGACCUGCGCUCAGGACCGGCUGGUCUGCCUCUGGAGCGCCGAGGAGCAUCGCCUGCAGUGGAGCCGCUCGCUGGAGGAACACGGACACUGUGCAGACUUCCAUCCCAGCGGAGCCGUGGUUGCUAUAGGGACACAUUCAGGAAAGUGGUACGUCCUGGACGCAGACACCACAGACCUGGUGUCUAUCCACACGGAUGGUAACGAGCAGCUGUCAGUGAUGCGCUUCUCUGUCGAUGGUGCUCUGUUGGCGGUUGGAUCUCACGAUAACCUUAUUUACCUCUACACCGUCUCCGAGAGAGGACGCAAGUACAGCCGAUACGGGAAGUGCUCGGGACAUUCGAGCUACAUCACACACCUGGACUGGUCACCUGACAACAACUUCAUCAUGUCCAACUCGGGAGACUACGAGAUCCUGUACUGGGACGUUCCAAACGGCUGUAAGCUGAUCAGAAAUCGCUCCGAGUGCAAAGACAUCGACUGGGCCACCUACACCUGCGUACUGGGCUACCACGUGUUCGGUGUUUGGCCCGAGGGUUCAGACGGCACCGACAUCAACGCUCUGAUCAGAUCUCACAACAGGAAGGUGAUCGCUCUGGCAGACGACUUCUGUAAAGUUCACCUGUUCGCCUACCCAUGCUCCACCCCCAAGGCUCCCAGCCAUAAGUACAGCGCUCACAGCAGUCAUGUGACCAACGUGAGCUUCCUGUAUAACGACAGUCACCUGGUCUCCACGGGGGGGAAAGACACCAGCAUCAUGCAGUGGCGCCUGGUGGAAAGACUCUCCCUCCCUGACGGACAGCUCUCUAACUCCGCCCCUGACUUCAUCCCGCCCCCUCUAUCAGUGACCACGCCCACACAGGAACCCAUCUCUGCCCCAACAGCCAAUGGGACCCAGGAUCCCUCCCCAGACAGCCCGGCCCCCUCAGCUCUGACCCCGCCCCCCUCAGCUCUGACCCCGCCCCCCUCAGCUCUGACCCCGCCCCCCUCAGCUCUGACCCCACCCCCCUCUGACAGCAGUGUGAGUCUGAAGGACAGCCUGGAUCCGAGCGACGACACGGCAACGCCCAGCGACGAGGGGCUACCCCCCCUCACCUCUUAAUAGUGUGUGUGACUGUUGGUACAGCUAUCUUUGUGAGGACCAGCCAGACGUUGUGAUUGGACAUUCAGUGUAUGUGUGUGACCUCGGGUAACUUUUUCUCCAAUCAGAGCAGAGCAGUAAGACAGGAAGUGGACCUGAAGUCUUAAAUGAGUUUCAGAAACUGGUUCUCUUUACAUGUUGUUUUAGAAAUACUGGGACAUUGCUGUUUAUGACGUAGAAGUAGCUGCAGGAAGUUUAAAACAGGAAACUGAUUCUGGACUUUGUUGGGCUUUUAUUUUGUUAAACUGCCACAUUUUUAUAGACAUUUCACAAUAAAAGCCCUCAAGGGAAGGGACAGAACUGCGGGAGGCUUUUAAUGUGAAACAUGCAGGAAACAUGAACCACACCCAGAAGCAUGCUGGGAACAUUUGAACACGUCUGGCCAGUGGACGCAGGAGGGCCUUCAGAAUAAAACCUGAAGGAGCUCCAGAGAAACUGUGAUCGGUGAUUUCAUGUCAGUUUGUAUAUGCUGCAGAGAUCUGUGUAUAUUUCUGUUACCACCAGGGGGCAGCAGCUCCUCAGCUACACUGUAAAAACCACAUUCAACUCUCGCAUCUCUCAGCCAAUUAGGGGCCAGGACAGCUGCUCCUCUCUGAUUGGCUGGUUUUCAGUGACUGAUUGAGUGACUGCUGAUCUGUGUUUCUUAUGGACCAUCUCUGUUUAUUGUUCUGAAUGUCAUCACCCCACGGGGGGGUCAUUAAUGUUUUGCCUUUUUAAUACUUUUUACCUUUAUAUCUCCAUCUCAUAUCUUCAUAUCUUCAUAUCUUCAUAUCUCCAUCUCAUAUCUUCAUAUCUUCAUAUCUUCAUAUCUCCAUCUUUGAUUUGUCCAUUCACUUAUCUUUUAUAUCUUUAACCUUUAUAUCUCCAUCUUCCAUGUCAUCAUUUUUUCUAAUCUGCCCUCUGGGGUGCGGGGUUAUGUGGGGGGGGGGUGACGCGAUGGGUGGGGUCUGUUUGUUUAUUUUACAGUGUUCGGUAACCAUGACAACGUUCAUGUGACUGUUUUGAGCCAAUCAUGUCUUCUCAAAUGCAUUCCUGUCAGACGACAGACUGUACUGAAGAUUUCAACAAAAAAAUGCAAAUAAAUGUUAAAACCGGA